AUGAAGACCUCCAAUGGUUCUUUUGGAUUCUUACCUACAACAUUUAUUCUUGCUGGCAUCCCUGGAUUGGAAGCAAAGCAUAUAUGGAUAUCAAUACCCUUUUGCCUGAUGUACAUUAUCAUCUUCCUUGGGAAUGGCACCAUUCUUCAUGUCAUCAGAACAGAAGCUUCCCUACACCAGCCAAUGUACCUCUUUCUUGCCAUGUUGGCAUUAGCUGAGGUUGGCGUUUCUGCAUCUACUCUGCCUACAGUGCUAGGCAUCUUCCUUUUUGGUACCACUGAGAUUGGUUUUGAUGCAUGCCUUUUCCAGAUGUUCUCCAUCCAUUCUUUCUCCAUUAUGGAGUCAGGUGUGUUAUUGGCUAUGUCUGUGGACAGAUUUGUGGCCAUCUACAGUCCACUGCGUUACAUAGCUAUCUUAACUCUGCCCCGUAUCCUUUGCACAGGGAUCAUAAUUGCGCUGAAAAGUGUUAUGCUCAUGGCUCCAUUACCCAUACUCUUAAGACGCCUGCCUUUCUGUGGUCAUAAUGUCCUUUCUCAUUCCUAUUGUCUCCACCCAAACCUUGUUCAUUUGCCUUGUGCAGACAUUUCCAUCAAUAAUAUCUACGGACUUUUUGUUGUUACCUCUACAUUUGGACUAGAUUCAACACUCAUUGUGGUUUCCUAUGUGCUCAUACUCCACACUGUAUUGAAAAUAGCCACUGGAGAGGGACGGAGGAAGGCACUCAACACAUGUGGCUCGCACAUCAGUGCUGUGCUGGCUUAUUAUGUGCCUAUGAUUGGCUUAUCUAUGGUGCACCGUAUUGGACAUCAUGUACCUGUAUCCCCUUUGGUUCAUGUAAUGAUGGCCAAUGCUUACCUCUUCUUCCCACCUGUUGUAAAUCCCAUUGUAUAUAGCAUUAAGACCAAGGAAAUUCGUCGAAGCAUUGUCCGAUUGCUAUCAAAAAAGAGAGCCGAAGUUUAG